CCUCGCCUCGCUGUCAGCUCUGCUCUCCAGCCCCUUCCUGCGGCCGCAGCUCCCUGCCCGCCGGCCUUGCCAGCGCUUCGUCUUGGCGCCCCGUCGGGACGCCCCGGAGCCCCGCUUGUGUCCCGCGGGCUUGGCGGCGCUGCUGGCCGGGAGCGGGGCCCCUGCCCGCUGCCCUCUCGCCGCCCUGCUGCGGGGCCGCUGGGCUGAGCCGCCGCCGGCCCCCGCCCCGGCCCCGCCGCCGCAGCCCAGCCGCCUCCCCCCGGAGCGCCGGAGAUGCCCGGCGUGCCACGGAGCCGCGCCGCCGCAGCCCCGCGCUGCCCCCGAGCCUCCCGGCGCCCCCAUGGGAUCGGAGAGGACGGAGAUCCGCAAACGGCAGAUGGCGGCGACCCCGGAGAGCCCAGGGGCUGCACAGGCUCAGCUCAGCACUGGGAACCGAGGCUCCAAUGCCUGCUGCUUUUGCUGGUGCUGCUGCUGCAGCUGCUCAUGUCUUACUGUUAGAAAUCAAGAAGAAGAGAGAGCAAGGAGAACAUCUCAUGAACUCCAAGCAGAGGGUAUUCCAAACUGUGAAGAAAGCCCUGCUCCCACUCUUGAAGAAGUAAAUGCCUGGGCUCAAUCAUUUGACAAGUUGAUGCUCACUCCAGCUGGCAGAAAUGCUUUUCGUGAAUUUCUGCGAACAGAAUUCAGCGAGGAAAACAUGCUUUUCUGGAUGGCCUGUGAGGAACUAAAACAAGAAUCCAACAAAAGCGUCAUUGAAGAAAAAGCAAGACUAAUUUAUGAAGAUUAUAUUUCUAUCCUCUCUCCAAAGGAGGUCAGUCUGGACUCCAGAGUAAGAGAAGUUAUUAACCGAAAUAUGCUGGAACCCUCACAACACACCUUUGAUGACGCACAGCUUCAAAUUUAUACCUUAAUGCACAGAGACUCUUACCCACGGUUUAUGAACUCUGCUAUUUAUAAGGACUUGCUUCAGUCCUUGUCUGAAAAAUCCAUUGAAGCAUAGAAUUUUUUCUUAAAUGUAUUUAUUUUAAAACAGACAGGACUCUGGGCUACAGAAAUCCACAGGGAAUUUAGAGUUAAUCAGAUAUUUACCGGAAAAUAACUCAGGCAAGUUUUACUACAGACUGAAUAAUUUAAAUCCGCACAAAGCUCUGACACAAUCAACUAAGUGCAGUUUCUGAUUAAAUUCAGUAUUACUUUGCAAAAGGAAAUGAAGAGAAUCAAGAAACCUUGUUCAAAAAAUGCAGUAUUUUUUCAAACACAGCAGACAAUUCAGACACACAUUUAUACCUUAUGUCUGAGAUACAAAUACCAACUGAGCAUGAAACUACAACUGAUUUUUAAGUGGAGUGUUAGAAUUUUCUUGAAAAUGAAACCAGUUGCCCCAUCCACACUGUGACCAAAGUAAAAAUAUUACUGUCAAUACUGUGUUACUCUAGGCACUGCCAUCACACCUGGCAUAGGUACACUCCACUUGUUUUGGUAUCUUUAAUGCAUACAUGGUGCACUAAUGGAAAUUGGCAUGGCAAUCUCAAGUUUAUGAAAGUUACUGGUUGAAAUAAUGCUGCUUAUAAAAAAAAAAAUCUUUUGCUGAAGAAUUGUUAUUUUAGUACUAGAAUCUGCUGAAAGCAUUAAGUUCCCUUUGUUGAUGUUCAUAAAGUUAAAUUAUUUAUUUCAGAGGAAGACAAGUCUGGGCAUUCAGAUUCCAAAAUAAAGCACAAGAAUUCUCACAUAUUUUUCUCUUCCCUCAGUAGGUGUUUGUAAAACCCUUCACUAUUUGUUAGCAAGAUGAUGACAGUUUCAACCAGCUUGGGUUUGUAAAUAUGAAAUUCUCCCAUUCCCUGACAGAUCUUGUAAGGUUUCCAUUACAGAUAUACACACAAUUUAUUUAAUAAAAGCAGGAAGAUGGAAUUUGUGUUCUGAUACAGCACCAGCUCUAUCCAGUUACAAACCAUGUUCAUUUACAGUAUGCCCAAAGCAUUACACUUAAUUCCUGGUCAUAUCUCAAAAUCAGUAAUCACAGGAAAUACUAGGAAGAAAGUAAGUUGAAUUCACAUAAACCAUCUGUACAUCUGUUACUCUAAUGUCUUCUUUCUUUUAAACCACAUGAUUCACUACAAUUCCACUACAUUAAACUCUGGAGUUUAUAGUGGGUUUCCACUGAA